AUGGACGGAUUUUUCGGGCGUAGAUUGAGGUAUGACCGGGUUGAUCUCAACGCGACCGAGUCUGAGCUAUACGACAUGAACCUCGUACAAGAACUUAUAGUAGAUCCAGACGCAGAUCCAACUUCAAUGCACAAAAUUGGCCCCUUUGAAGACUCAGACCUUGAAAACGAAAUUGACUCCCCUUUCUCUAGCCAGUCUACAUCCUCUGUAUUUUCAGACUACGAUCUCGGCGACGCACCCAUGGAUAGCAUGUUAUCAGCUUGGCUGGAUCAAGUCUCUACACAGGCCUGGGUCACACACAACGCACUAUGCGAUCUACGGGUAACAUCGCAAGCAGGCGAUGAUUUUGGCCAAUCUAUACAGGCGUACUUUGCUCAUAGCGGAUACGUUCAGCAGGAACUCAAGCACGCCUUCCUAGGCACUUAUCGUGACGCACAGCGCAAUGGCCGACAAAUUCCUUACGAUGGUCAUUUCCCUAUUUCAGGAUGGUGGGAUGAAGAUCCAGAUGUUAUCACAGGUGCAGUUAUGGAUGACUGUCCGGAAUGUCUUGAUUUAAUGUGUCAUCUAUUUCCAGAGCUGAAUUGUUAUGGAUGUAACAUGUAUGGGUGGACUUAUCUCUCUAUCGCUAUUGAAUGUCGAUCAGUGCGUAUGCUUGAGUAUCUUUUUAGGAAAAACGAGCCUGCGGGGGCAACUACUCUUAUGAUGUUUCUAGGUGCAAAUGCAACACAGAUGACUUAUCCUGCCACCCCUUGGUCGAUUAUAGCACGGAAGCAAGAUCCCAGAUAUCUGAAGUAUAUACUGGAUCUGUGGGAGCCUCGUCUUGACUUAAGUAUUUUGGACACUCACACUAUUGACACGUUUCUCACAGAGACGGAAAAGUUCGAUCUUUGCGUAUUUGCCACUUACGAUCUAGCUGUUCGACUUGCUCGAUUUGGGGUUCAUCUUAACAACAUCCUGCUGACCGAAAUCACACUUUGGGAGCGACAUCAUGGCAUGCCGGAGGUCUCAAUGGAUCUGGUUUCCUCAGAUACCUGGAGGAGUAUUCCAGGCUGUCUAGAAUAG